CCAACAUUUUCACCAUCUAUCAGCUGUAUUACUCUUUUCCUGGGACAUUGAACACAAAGCUCAAAACCAACACGACAUCACAAUGCUUUUCUCUUCCUCUCUAUAUUUCGAUCUUAUGAUCAUACUUGCUCUGGUCCUUCAAACGAGAGCAGUGCCGCACCCGGUAGCCAAGCGCUCAAAUUCCGACCUCAGUUUGACAGCUCAACUUCGGCUUGCCGAUACGGCAAUCGAGCGCUACAAACUGCUCCCUAAUGACUCCGACUUUGUCUUCAACUUCACCGGCACAGAACAGAUCCCAGUAGCCACAAGCCAGAACUGGCCAGCACUCGUUGAUGUCGGCGCCGCUAUCAGCAUGUCGCAACUUCCAGCAUGCAGCAUGAGCUUCCUCCACCUCCACCCCCGCGCCACUGAACUAUUUGCUCUAAAUUCCGGCCAUAUUCUCUCCGAAAUGGUCCCCCAAGCUGGAGUUCUUGAUAGCAACAACAGCCAGCGGGUUAUCCGGACGGACCUGCGCCCUGGUCAAGUAACCAUCUACCCGGCAGGUUCAUUUCACACGCAAGUGAACCCGGACUGCGAGCCAGCGAACUUCACCGCUGCGUUCACAUCUGAUGAAUUCGCUGUGAGCUUGGUGGCAGAGCAACUGUUCUCCCUCAGUGAUGGGAUCAUUGCACGGACCUUUGGGCAGAGUAUUACUGGGGAGGAUAUAAAGAAAAUCCGGGAUGCCAUUCCAUCGGAUAUGGCGAUUAAGGUGGAGGAGUGUUUGACGAAAUGUGGGAUGGAGAAGCGGUAAUGGUGGGGUGAGAAUGUGAAUGCCUGGAAGGGUUUUUGGGAGGGGAUAAGGAGGGUAAGAAUGUUCGGAACAGGAGUAGAUAGAGU